AUGGAGGACGACGUGACGUUCCUGUUCCAGCUGGGCGUGGUGCGGGACGCGGUGGCGGCGCCGGCGCACCUGCUCACACUCGCACACCUCAAGGAUCUCGCCGUCAAAUUCGUUCAUGAUAAGAUACCAGACAACGGGCUGAAUCGGUUGUCGGACCGGAUCCUCUUGUUCCGCCACGACUACUGCUCACCCAACGUGCUGCAGCUCAUCAACUCCGCAUCUGACGUCACUGACGAGACCCUCGUCGAGAUCGUGCUCACUGCCAACCCGUUACUGUGCGAUGGAGGUGCAGAAGUUGCACCUGCGCCGCGUCCUCACGCACUCUCCGUACAUUCGUACAAGGCGCCUACAUUUUGCGAUUUCUGCGGCGAGAUGCUCUUCGGUUUGGUGAGACAGGGACUUAAAUGUGAAGGUUGCGGGCUAAAUUACCACAAACGUUGCGCUGUAAAGGUGCCGUCGAACUGCACAUGCCCAGUCCCAGCGGGCGCGGGCAGCGCGGGCAGCGCGGGCGCGCGCCGCGUGUCGGGCGGCCGCAGCCCCAGCCGCGCCAGCACGCACAGCCACGCCUCGCACGACGACUCCUUGGUAAGGCGCCUCGCCAGGCUCGUCACUGACAAAGACUCCUAG